AUGUCAGGCAAUGUUAGCGUGAAUCCGUUUGGCGAGAUGAGUUUGGGCUACCUUGUGUUUUACGUAACCGUAUUUUUACUCCUAACUUUGAUAAUUGUAGGAGGAAAUUGUGUCAUCAUAGUGACUAUACUUCGCCACCGAGACCUCCAGCAGCCAUGCAAUUACUUGAUAGUGAGUCUUGCUGCUUCGGAUCUUCUUUUUGGGAUUCUCUAUCCUAUCUACAACCUCGGCCAUCUUCGUGACAACACAAUCACGCGUUUACUAGCUUCCAGUGCUGUAUGUGAGGGACUGAUCACCGCUAUACAGUGGAUAGAGAUGAACUCGGCCUACCACCUUGUCGCCAUUACUGUCAACCGUUACAUCGCCAUCGUCAGACCGCUCCAGUGCCACGUCUAUCUGACCAGUCGCAGGGCCACCGUCACAAUCUGUACCCUAUGGCUGACCACUCUAGCCACGUCGACGGCGAUCUACUCUACAACAAAUAUGGACCAUGAUGGAGCAGAGGCGUGUCGUUACGAGUUAAUUUUCACAGAGACGCAGAGCAUAAUACUGACCAUCCUCAGCGUUGUCAUACCACUCAGCGUAAUGGUCGUGUUAUAUAGUGUCAUCGCGCGCAUUGCUAGAAAGCACAUCCGGGACAUAGCCGCAUGCUGUGGUUCUGACUUUCUGAAAGUCGGUAAACAACACGUACUCCGCCGUGAGAUGAGGUCUACCUUGACUGUCAGUCUAUUGGUGGGGUACUUCGCCUUCGUCUGGAUCCCACACUGCACUUACAUCGUAUAUAGUAUCGCUUGUCAGUGUCAUAUCAGCCCUUAUAUCAGACUUUCGUCACGGAUAUUGGUGUAUACAAACAACGCCAUCAACAUUUUCAUCUACGCCGGGCGUAUCCAUCUAUUCCGAAAAUUCGCACUGAAGGAUUUACAGCGAUGUUGUUCGUGUUGUUUCAAGAUAAAUUGAGAUAAUUGGGUUUAAGUACAAACCUUGUCAAUAUGUUUUUGUAGUGAAUGCAUAAUGCAUAUUC